AUGCGUCGGCGACUCGCCGUCUUUGUUUUCUCCGAGCACCGUUCAGCGAAGACAGCUUCGACCCUUUCCCACAUCCCCGUCUUCUAUGUUCCGCUCCGAUGGCAGUCAAACUACGAGAGUGAUCCUCGCAACCCCCGGUCUGGUACAGGUUUCCACUCGGGUAAUGCACCACUGCCCCAACCAGCAGAGGCGACGACAUCAAAGGCGGAGACCGUCGUCAAGGAAGCAACGAUCCCGGAUCGUAUGAUUCUCGACUGGAGCGGAGGCUCCGCCUACUACUUCUCUGAAGAAGAAAAUACGCGGCUGUUUCCGUCCAACUCGUGCCCAGUCUCGGAUGGAGGGUCUCGAGGUCCUGCUGGUCCCCUUUCCCCCCCACACGUGGGUUCCUCUAACAGCGAUGGCGGAACGAAGGGUGACAUAGCGGAGCCGACGUCGCGGGCGGUGAUUCACGGCGUGGCGCGCAACUUCUCCAUCGAUCUCACCAUUCCGCCUGUACGCCGCGAGGAGGUGGAGCGGUGGAAGUUGGACGGAUACCUGUUUUGCAAGGGCUUCAACGCGUCAGGGAUCUCGGCAUAUUCAACGAAAAGGUACAACCAGCUGCUUCCCUCAAGUGCCAUGGUGACGUACCUCGGGCCUGAAAUGCGCAAGCUCGAUCAGAUACAUCGCCAGAAAGGCUUCUUUACGCCCUCUGAGGUUGCCGAGGUGUUUAUCCCACUCGUCCCAACAUUUCCUGUGGAGAGUCGUCAUGUCAUGGCGGCGGUACCUCCGGCGAUCAUGAAGCGAAUAGAGAAGGCGGCCCGCUCGACUUCAACGCUGGCGCAAAUGGUGUUUGAGCACUACCCGAUGCUUUUUCACUACUCUCCAAAUCGCUACCGACCAGCGCUCGUGCAGCUGAACUCUGAGUUCUGGUUUGUGCGCCAGCAUCCCGGGUACGGAAAGGCGGAUCGGGCGUUAUUGCAGUUCCGGAGCCACGGAGCAAUAGACUUUGAUGCGCGCAACACUGCCGACGGCAAGUCUGGCGUGGAGCCGCUAUACGCGGCUGAAGAAAAGGCUGCCGCUGAGGCGGCUCCCUCACUGCGCAGGGGACCCCGUGGUGCUUCGAUGCGGCGACCCUGGAGUGUCGAGAUGCUCGCUGUUCUCGUCCGCAACCUCCCGCGCGUGCCGACACCAGAGGGUAUCUCAGAUGGUAUGGCGAGCAAAAAGGUGUCUUUACCGAGAGAAGGCAAGCCGCUCGUGCGGGAGCGCUACCGUCCGUUGAACCUUGUUCAAUGGGUGAAUAGCUUUCCUCCCGACGACCUCGCGUUUGUCAACAAAACACGUGAAGUUGCCGUCGUGCAGCUCAUCACGCAAUACGUGCACGUGUUUCAGCUAAUGAGCUUGAAGAAGGGCGACCAUAACCUCUUUGUUGAGGGACACGUGCUUCUUUCAGGAGGGACCGGGAGCGAAUGGAAAGCGGAUGCGGUAGCCUCGCCCGCCUCAAGUGCAUCUGCCGUACCAAGCACCGAGAGCGGUGACGAGGCUUCUCCGGCACGUGAAGCAGUCGAAGAGGAGGAAGGCAUAACCGGCUGGUGGUCUGUCGACGUCGCUAGUAUUCCGGAGGAAACUGGCACCGCUAAGAGCCGUGCCGGCCCGCUCAAGACAGGCAACACUACGUCCACCGCCGAUGACCGAGAGAGAGCCUUCAAGCAAGCGGUGGCGGAAGAGCUGAUCGACUUGGAUGACCUUGCGGAGGAGCGUGGCGGUGGUGCUACCCCGCUGGACUCUGAGGGUGACUUCCCCGCCACUGUUGAGGACGCUCAUCAGCUCAGGGGUGCUGCGUUAGGUGGGGAAGGUGACGAAGAGGUGUUUCAAGACGGAGGCAACGAGGUAGAUACCUACCGCGAUGACGGCAUCCCGACUUUGCAGCGCGUCAGAGAUUCGCAAGCUCAGCGGGAACCACCGAAAGGUCCUUGCAUGGAUGAGGUAACGACAUUUGGUUUGCCCCUCGAAGAACUCUACGUUCGGCGCCUUCCACCAGAUGUGGCGCCUCGAAGUCUGAGUGACUUGGACGAAACCACUUCACCCGAUCCGGAGCUGCUCGUUAUCGCUGCCAGCUUUCUGGCCUCGCCACCUUCACUGCAGUCGUCCACCACUGACUGCUUUUUCCGACGAUGUCGGCAGCAACGGUGGAGGGAAGUGAGGCCAAUCGAUGAGGUUUGGCGUUGGCUUGCAGUGGAGCGAUUAUAUUCUGCAUUCACCGUGGAGCAGCGGCGCCACCUGCGUGACCGCUACCGAGGGCUGGUGGGUUUUCUGCGCUACCACGGCAAAGUAUUUGAGCUUAGUGGCGAUCUUAUGUACGUCAUCGCGCAUGACCCUAGGGGCACCAUGGCCCCUAUUCCACCCAUGGAACGCGUGUUCCGCUAUGCUAAUCGUGUGGUUCUGCCAGACGACUUUGAUGACAAUCCAGACCGAUGUGCCUCCCUCGUUGGCGAGGCUGAGCGCAAGAUGUUCGUGCGGGUCCUCGGGGAAGGUGCGAUUCCGAGUCACCGGCGCCACCUGCUGCUGCUGGAUCCUGAUAAUCCGCUCAUGCUGCACGAGGUACUCUAUGACGAGAUCGCCAACCUCCUGCCGGACCACCCAGUGCCCUUUAUCGACCUGAUGACGCGGCUGCCGCCGGUGAUGCGCGCAGCCCUCCCGCACACGCUCAACUUCUCUGCCAGCAAGUGCAUUGACGUGUACGUUGAGAGAGGCAAAACCAUGAUUCGGAAAAAGUUAGCGGCUCGGCUAGGCGCGGCACCAUCGCCGUCGAAACCACGGAUGAGUGUGGAGGAGGCCAUUGCCGAGCUACUUCAACUUCCAGUUGGUAAGGACGGCAUUUCGCUAAGGGCACUGGUCGGUAUGUACUUAUCUGUGCCGGCCACCUCUACCUUGGAGGACCACUUCGGCUCCGUCGGACGCGCCGUGCGGAUGCUGCCGCAGUACUUCGAAGUCUGGGAGCAUGAUGCCCCUGGGCGCAAGAGAAUGGUGAUGGUGCGUCUGCGCCAGUGA